GGUUAAAACCAAUAUCUCGCGAGAACUGUCAUGGCAUCCUACAAACUGUUCCGCACUUUUCCAAGGAAGCUAUAUUCCCUGUUAUGUAUUGUUUUUGUUAUUUUGAUCAUUUUAUGGAGCUCAAAAGUUUUCAAUUUGACUAAAAACAUUAAAAAAGAAAAAUUUCUCGUUAUAAGAGGAACUGUCAAGCAUUUAAAGAACAAAACGAGAGACACUUUCAUUCACAUUGCGUCAAGGGAGACAACUGUCUUAAAGAGAAAGGAAGGAAAUGUCAACAUUGUGAUCGUGAUUAAAAAUUCAAAGAACAACCCAAAUUUACAUCCAAAAUUUAAAGUUCUCGUAGAAUCCAUUAGCAGGAAAUCUUCCAUAUCUCUCUGUUUUCAUGUGAUUUGUGAUGAGGAUGGAAAGACAAUAGCAACUUCUGUUAUAGAAAGAGCCGCACCAUCAGAAACACAGAUUAUCAUUCACGACAUUACAAUAAUGACACAAAAGGUAAAGGAACAGAUUUCCCAGAUGCAGACCUUCUUCAGCCACAGUUCUAAAUCUUACUAUGGAGACCCACUAUUUUUCCUGUCCAUAGUAUUACACAGAGUUAUUCCUCUUGACAAAGUGAUAAUGCUGGAUGUUGACUUGAAAUUUGAUGAAGACAUUAGGCUGCUGUACAAUAUUUUUGAUGAAUUUUCAGAAAGAUCUAUCAUUGGAAUAGCUCGAGAGAACCAGCCAGUUUACAGACAUUUAUUUCAUCAAUAUCGUGGAAAAAACCCUUCCACUAGAGUUGGCGCUCCACCUCCUGAUGGCUUGACAGGAUUCAAUAGCGGAGUUUUACUCCUAGACUUGGAGAAAAUGAGAAAGAGUCAAGUGUAUAAUUCUCUGAUAGAUUCACCUAAGACACUGGAGACAUUGACUCAAAAGUACCUGUUCAAGGGUCACCUGGGAGAUCAGGAUUUUUACACUCUUGUUUCAAUGGAACAUGAGGAUCUGUUCCACAUCUUGCCGUGUUCCUGGAACCGUCAGCUGUGUGUUUGGUGGCGGGAUCAUGGAUACAGCCAGGUGUUUGAUCAGUAUUACACAUGUUCUGAACAAAUUAAAGUUUAUCAUGGAAAUUGUAACAGUAACAUUCCAACCUUACAGUGGGAAAGGCAGUAGAUCUGUAGUUAUUGAAAUGUGAUACAUCUGUGCCAUAUGAGAGAGAGAGAGUGUGUGUGUGUGUCAGUCCUAUAAAAGAGAGA